AUGUAUAACCGAAACUAUCCGCUUGCUGUUACUGUCAAUUCUUCAACACAUCAGUACAUCUUGAGAGACCUCAAGGAGAAAACUCAUUACAAAGUACAAAUUUCAGGAAUCACCAGUAAGGGAGAAGGUGCCCCAAGCCAGCCACAACAUUUCACCACACUGAAAUACGAUCAAGGGGAAUUUGAAGGCGUUGUUGCUGGCCUCUGCCUUGGCAUCAUGUUGAUCAUGGCUGCUGCUGUCAUGCUUUUUUCCUUAAUAUUUAAACGAACAAGAAAACAGUGUUGGCCAGAAGUACCGAAUCCCAAAUUCAGCAGUGCUAUACAAAACAUGGAAAAUACCAUUGCUCUGGGUCACCUGGGAUCCAGUUUACAUCCAUUGCUUCAGUCACAACCACCUAAUGGAGCCACAGAGCUUUUGGUGUUAGAAAACUGUUCAAAUACACUCUUAGUGUGGAAGUCCCCUUCAGAGGACAGAGCUUCAAAAGUGAUGCCUACAGACCAGUCUGAAGGAGUUGCCAGGGAAAUACUAGAUGCCACUCCAAGUCCUCUGAAAAGCCCUGACAAAGGAAAUGCCAGUGAGAAGGGGAAAGCUGGGUUUCACAGUGAUUAUGCUAGUGUAGAAGUCAGUAACAGAGCCAUGCAGGCUCUUGGCAAAUCUUCCCACAAGCACAAUCCACCUCCAAACGAGAGCUAACAAGUCAGGAAGAGAAGGCAAGUCAGCAGCGACCUCACCCCUCAAGAUGCUGUGAAACAAAGACAGGUGGUGCUUAUGUCAGCAAUUCCUUUGCUCACCAAACAGGUGAAAGCACAAGAAUAA